GACACAGUCGUGGUCAUUUUCAGCCAACGCAACGGCUGCGAUACUGCUCGGUUUUGGGCCAUGAGCAGCUAAAGACGUGACCUUGCAGCGCAGCAUCGAUCGCACGAGCAGCGGCGUCGAGCAAUGAUGCAGCGGUCAUGGAUUGCAAGGAGAGCGUGCCAGCUCCUCCUCUGCGCGGCCGUCUCCGGCCUGCGCGCACCCGCGCCGCGUUUAAGAAUAAGAAUGAGCGCCGGCCCGGGCUACGAGACGGACCGCUUCGCCGGUAGAUACGCGUUAGGCAAGAAUUUGCCCACCGUCUCGAGCAAGAACGGCAUGCAAUUUGCCUGGCGAGGGAAAGAGCAACCGGUAAGGGUGUUGGGCGGCGCGUCGUCGGAAGUGCUAGGUGGCAAGAACUUGGCCGACGUGCUGCGGAAGGGUUUCGAGAUCGAAGAGCGGGCGUUCCGCGCAUUGGAGAGCGGCGAGCCGGCCGAGCCCCUAUCAGUCCAUACCUCGGCCGGCGUGCCCCAAGCCUUGGAUGAUUUCCUCGACGCGCUAGCCCCGCAUUUGCCACAAUGGGCCCAAGAGUCAGACGACUGGUGCGUGAACCUCCAGGCGGAAGGGUCCUCGGCAGUUCAUGCCGCGAUCGACAUGGUCAUUCAAGCCACCCAACCGGGUGCUGAUUUGACGGCGCCGACGGCGCGUACGAGAGUCGCCUGCGGGGCGUCGUCGUACCACGGGCCCGCGUCGACCUCUCCCGGUGGUGGGAUUCCGCUCGGUGCCGCCGCGAAAGGACUCACACACCCUGUGAGGUACCCCGUCCCGUCGCCCUUCCUGCGGUAUAGAGAGGAAAGCGAUGAGGAGUUCCACGAGCGCCUGUUAGCUGAAUUUAUCGAGUACCUCGACACGUACGAGCACGAGCUGGGAGUGGUGCUCUUCGAGCCCCAAUGGGGCAGCUCGGUCGCCUCGACGCCCUGGCCCCCUCAAUUGCUGAGAGCCUACGUCACGGAGGCGAAGCGAAGAGGCCUGGCGGUCAUCUGCGACGAAGUCAUGUGCGGUCUUGGGCGCCACGGGCAAGACGCGAGGGGCGCGACGGGCUGCUUCCUGACGGAGUGCUGGGAUCUGCGGCCCGACGCCGUCACGUUCGGCAAGUCCAUCGGUGGGGGUGCCGGUCACCUGUUGUCUGGUGCGAUUCUGUUGACGGGAGCUUCUCAGUUAGCUCAAUCGUCUCGAACAGCAUUGCAAUCCCACACGUAUGCUGGCUCCUCAGCUCGCGCCUUAUGUAACGGUGCGGCCCUCUUGAACCGCCUGACGUCGCUGCGGGACAACGUCCGAGCAGUAGAAAAGGCUGUAAAGCCGACUCUGCAAAAACUACGCCAGGACUCGGGCGGUAGAGUAUUAACGCAGGGCCAGGGCGCGUUGUGGGGCGGUUUAUUUGCUCAUAGUGAUCUAGCGGAGCGGACCGCAGCAAAUGUGGCCCUCAAAAAGAAGUGCGCCGAGCGCGGUAUGAGAACGGCGUCCCGUGACUUACCGGCAGCCUUACGCCGUCGACGCGACUCGCAUCCAUCAGACAAGGCCAUGGGUGGUCUCUUUUUCGUUUUUGAGCUGGUUCGGACCGCGUCGGGGCCGUCGCGGCGUGUCAAAGGGAACGCGGUCGCGUCGAUGGCGUCUUCACGAGACUACACCACGCAGGCGUGCUGCCCUACUUCGUGCCCGUUGGUGGCUUUAUGUUGACGCCUAGAUACGACGACGACCCCGCGUUAUUGACGAGCGCCGUCGAGGACCUCGCUAGAUGUUGUUUAGAAGUAGUAAACGAGAUGUCGUGGUCUGAAGACGACUUACUGCCUCUAUCAAAGCCGGCGGAGGUCACGAUCACAAGUACGACGACGACGACGACGUCCGCCGCCGAACCCAUCGUCCAGGAAGCUCUGCAAGAGUUGGAAAAACCUUGUGAGCAUUUGAGUGAUAGAGAUAGAGCUAUAGUACAACUCAACACGGCCUACUUCCACCGCUGUGCACAGGCGUGGUCUGUGGCGGCGAAGCAUGCGAGAAUCGCUUCCCUCGAGGACGAGGCGAUCGCGGCUCUCGCGCGGGGCGCGGCGCCGCCCUUUGCACCUACCUCUCGUGAUGCGGCCGUGCACGCUUCGACCGUCGACUUACUGCGGAACCGUGGUCUUGCAAGGUCGGAGUCGGCGCUGGCUCUGCUCGGCGCCGAGGGCGUCGCUUCCCUCGUCCAGUUGGUGGGCCGGCAGGCGUCUUCGGCCCUCACGCUCAACGUCUUUGAUGAUAGCACAGACCAACCGUGGGAGGCCGACGCCGCGUUAUUAUCAGAUGCGGAAUUGUCAGCGCUCGUGGCGAUGGCGGGCGCGUCCGACGACGCGGACGUCUGCCUCCAGCACGGCUGCGACAUGGACGAGGCGAUCAUCGCGCAGCAGAAGGAGGCGGCGGAAGUCGCGCCGGAGCUGUAUUAGGGAGGACUGGGGUUUAAUAUAGACAUAGCUA